UGCGAGUCGUGCGGCAAAAGGGGUCGUCUGUGCGCCCAAAUGGGCUACCAUUCCAUCGACUGGUUCCGUAAGCGUAGGAAUUCCAAGAACUUCUAUCUCAGGACUCGAGGGGAACCACCGUUUUGUGGCUUUCAAUAUAAGGUGUCAAUACAUGUGAACGCAAUACAAACUAAUGAAUCUAAAAGUCAUUUAACUGGAAGAAUGUCAUUGAGAUUCCCAUUGGAAACCGAAUUCAUGGAUUUUACCCGAGAUGCGUUUGACAUAAAGCCGGGAAACACCUAUUAUUCAGUGUUUAGUCUUCGGAGUGAACAGAAUCUGUCGGCAAUUGACUCAUACGUUGAGUACGAAUGGAGUGAAGACUCGUUUGACAUCUUAAACACCAAUACCUGGGCUUUGGAUUCACUGUUGAAACAGACGGGGAUUGACAUCAAACUCGGCGCCAACUCUAACGCCAGGACCGCAACCAAUCAAAAGUCCAUUUCUAUUGAUUAUAUCAUAAUUAAAGCUUUAAAUAGUGGCAAACGAUACAAGUUUUGUAUUAAUAGUAAAAGCAAUGCAAAUGGCAUUAGGGUUGAAAAUGUGGUCAGAUUUCUAGCUAAAUGCUGAACUAUAUUUUGUAUAAAUUAUUUAAUAUUUAUAUAAAUAAAUUAAUAAAAUGUGUUUUUUGAUUUAAA